AUGAAUACCAGCUGUGAAGUUAAUAUACCUGAAGAAGAGUUGAAGAAGUCGGAAGUUUUAUUUAAAGAACUUAAAGAAUUAAAUAUAAAUUACAGAGAAGUAAAACAUGGAGUAGCUCAUACUAUUAAGGAUUUAUUAGAAAUGAAUUUAGAUAAUUCAACUAAUAUUAUAAAAAAUUUAUUUUUAAAAGAUAAAAAAAAAAAAUUUUUUUUCAUAUGCACACUAAAUUCGAAAACAGUUGACUUAAAAUAUUUAGCUAAUGCAUUAAAUACUUCUAACUUAAGGUUUGUUGAUGAAAAAAAUUUAAAAAAUAUUUUAAAUUUACUACCAGGAUGCCUCACUCCUCUUGCAAUGAAAUAUGAUAAAGAUAAUGUUGUAAAACUUUAUUUUGACGCAGAGUUGAAAAAUAUGGAUGAAAUAAUAAUUCACCCAUUGCAUAACUACAGUAGUUUGUACAUGAAAAAAAUAGAUGUAAUAAAAUUUUGCGAUAUACACAACCAUUCUCCAGAAUAUAUAAAAAUUGAAGAAGAAAAAAUAAAAAAAGAAGACGGUCAAGAAGAAAAAAUAAAAAUAGAUAAUCAAAAAAACAAUGAAGAAACAUGCUUAAAUUUGAAAGUAAAUAAUAAAUUUGAUAAUCAAUCAAAAGAGUACAAUUUGCUAGGAAUUACCUCAAAAAAACUGGAAAAUUUCUCAGAUUGGUACACUCAAGUAAUAGUUAAAAGUGAAUUAAUAGAGUAUUAUGAUAUUUCAGGCUGUUAUAUAUUAAGACCUGGAGCUUACUAUAUAUGGGAAUGUGUACAAUCAUUUUUUGAUAAGGAAAUCAAAAAACGAGGUGUGGAGAAUUCAUAUUUUCCAUUAUUUGUAACAAAAGGUAAGUUAGAAAAAGAAAAAAAUCACAUUGAAGGUUUUAGUCCAGAAGUUGCAUGGGUAACUAAAUAUGGAGACUCAAAUUUACCUGAAGAAAUAGCAAUUAGACCAACGAGUGAAACAAUAAUGUAUUCUGCCUUUUCUAAAUGGAUUAGAUCUCAUAGAGAUUUGCCUUUGAAAUUAAACCAAUGGAACACUGUCGUUCGAUGGGAAUUUAAGCAACCAACACCUUUUAUAAGGACAAGAGAAUUUUUAUGGCAAGAAGGUCAUACCGCUCAUAAGAAUGAAGAAGAAGCAGUGAAAUUUGUUUUUGAUAUAUUAGAUUUGUAUAGAAGAUGGUAUGAAGAAUACUUAGCUGUUCCAAUUAUAAAAGGAUUAAAAAGUGAAGGAGAAAAAUUUGCAGGAGCAAAUUUUACUUCAACUGCUGAAGCUUUUAUAAGCGAAAAUGGAAGAGCCAUACAAGCGGCUACUUCUCAUUAUUUAGGUUCAAAUUUUGCAAAAAUGUUUAAAAUUGAAUUUGAAGAUGAAAAUGAAGUAAAGAAAUAUGUUCAUCAAACUUCAUGGGGAUGCACCACCAGAUCGAUAGGUAUUAUGAUAAUGACUCAUGGAGAUGAUAAAGGAUUAGUAUUGCCUCCAAACGUUUCUAAGUAUAAAGCUGUUAUCGUGCCAAUACUCUAUAAAAAUACAGAUGAAAAUUUAGUACACUCAUACUGUAAAGACAUUGAAAAAGUCUUAAAAAAUGCACAAAUUAAUUGUAUAUUUGAUGAUAGAAGUUUAUACUCCCCAGGAUAUAAAUUUAAUCAUUGGGAAUUAAGAGGAAUACCUAUAAGAAUUGAAGUAGGUCCAAAGGAUAUUCAAAAUAACUCCUGUGUGUUUGUAAGAAGGGAUAAUAAUGAAAAAACGAACGUAAAAAAAGAAUCAGUUUUAUUAGAAGCACAACAAAUGCUUGUUGAUAUUCAUAAAAACUUAUUUUUAAAAGCAAAAAAAAAAUUAGAUGAAUCUAUUGUUAAAGUUACCAACUUUAGUGAAGUUAUGGAUGCUCUAAAUAAAAAAAAAAUGAUUUUAGCUCCAUGGUGUGAAGAUAUAACAACAGAAGAUGAAAUAAAAAAAGAAACUCAGAGAUUAUCUUUAAAUCAAACAAAUACAGAAACUACUUUGUCAGGAGCUAUGAAACCAUUAUGUAUUCCUUUAGAUCAACCUCCAAUUUUACCAAAUACAAAAUGCUUUUGGUCAGGAAAACCAGCUAAAAGAUGGUGCUUAUUUGGUAGAAGUUAUUAA